AUGACAGAUAACGCAGCCAAUAAAGUCUACCAUGACUAUCCUCCGGCAUUGACACCUGAGCAGGAGGAGUACCUUGUCCAGACAGUGAAGAAUUGGGCCGUAGAGCAUGGACUUACGGUCAGGCCAUCCGCCGCCAUAGUCCCCGAGGAGACGAAUCCGAAGAAUGUUCUCGCUACUAAUGCUCCAGUCACCUUGUUUCCAAGCCCGUUUCCCAAGACGUGCUUUGAACUGGCGAAAAGCAUCCAGCCGGUCUACAAUGAACUCUACGCUAGCGUUGCAAGCGACGAGCAAUGGCUAGAAGAGAUUAUGAGAGAACUAAUAGAGGUCGACGACUUCCUGGCAAAUCUCUGGAAAAUACACGUUGCCGUCAAGGAAGAGGGCUACGUUCAAGACUUGUCUCUGGGGAUGUUCCGUUCUGAUUAUAUGGUGCACACCACGGAACAAGGGCCGCCAUCCCUUAAACAAGUCGAAUUCAACACCAUCUCCUCCUCGUUCGGCGGGUUGGCUUGCCUUGUUGCAGAGAUGCAUACCCAUCUUGCGACAUUCCCCUCCCCAAAGCACUCAGUUGCGUACCCUGUGCAUCCGCUAUUUGCCAACGCGACGGGCGACGGCUCUAUUCAUACUAUCGGGCAUCCUCCUCCCAACGAGGCCGUGGAAACCUUGACCGCAGGCCUUGCAGCCGCUCAUGUGGCAUAUGGACCUUCAAGAUCAGAGCCCCGGCUGCCGACGUGCGUUAUCUUCCUCGUCCAAGACAACGAGCGCAAUGUAUUUGACCAGCUGGCUCUGUCUACCCAUCUGUUAAAACACCAUCAUAUCCCCUCGUUCCGCCUCCCGACCAGCAAGAUCCUAGCCUACACGUCGAUCCCAUCCAAGGAGAGCAAUCCCUAUCGUCCGUUGAUUUACACUCCCCCAUCGUCGCCGUCUACUCCGUUCGAGGUCACGGUGGUGUACUUCCGUGCCCUCUACGCUCCGACGGAAUACAACACGCCGACUUCGUGGGCAGCUCGCCACCACCUGGAACGCAGCGCGGCGGUCAAAUGUCCCACCGUCCUCCUCCACCUAGCCGGGACCAAGAAAGUCCAACAAGUCCUCACCGCCAGACCUCCCGACACGGAUCAUCUCAAGGCCUUCCUGCCCACCCAACCAGAGGGCGUGCUGCAGACCCUCCGCUCAACUUUUGCUCCGCAAUACUCCCUCUCCACUUCCCCCGGCUCCGACCCAGCCGGCGAACCGGAGGGAGUACGCCUGGCCAUCUCCGCCGAGACGGCGGCGAACCACGUGCUGAAGCCGCAGCGCGAGGGCGGCGGCAACAACAUCUACCGCACCAACAUCCCGCCAUUUCUGAACUCGAUACCCAAGUCUCAGUGGAAGCAGUACAUCCUGAUGGAGCUGAUCCGCCCGCCCACCACAGCCAGGAAUACCGUUUUGCGCAGUGACGGCCAGGUGCUCAGCGGCAACGUCAUUUCCGAAUUGGGCAUCUUCGGCACCUGUCUGUGGAGAAACACGCGGGACGCUCGGCCUGAACUUCUACACAACACCGAGGGUGGCUACCUCUUGAGGACUAAAGGGAAGGACAGCGAUGAAGGUGGAGUUGCCGCCGGUUUUAGUUCUUUGGACAGCUUGAUAUUAUAUGAAGAGUACUAG